CAGCCGGAUGUGAGGUGGCUCCCAAGUAGCAAGCCAAAGAUAAACACGUAGCCACUCGAACAAGGGAGAGCUAAAUAAAUAUUUCAGAGAGGCUGCUGCGAAACCGUCGAAAUGGAGUAGUUGGAAAUUUUAUAGAUAUUUUUUGUAGUCAAGAAGACAUCCGUCAAAUCAAGAAAGGAGCAAGUCUUCCGCAGACAACGAGUCGUAUCUGUAGCUGAACCCAAAAUGGUUCGAGCAGCUUUGGUGACUGCCACCAGUCUGGCACUGACUGGGGCUGUGGUGGCCCAUGCUUACUUCCUCAAACACCAGUUCUACCCAACGGUUGUCUAUCUCACCAAGAGUAGCCCCAGCAUGGCGGUUUUGUACAUUCAGGCUUUUGUGCUGGUGUUUUUGUUGGGAAAAUUCAUGAGGAAAGUCUUUUUUGGGCAACUAAGGGCUGCAGAGAUGGAGCACCUCAUUGAGCGCUCCUGGUACGCGGUGACCGAGACGUGCCUGGCAUUCACUGUGUUCAGGGAUGACUUCUCCCCUCGCUUCGUUGCCCUCUUCACCCUCCUGCUCUUCCUUAAGUGCUUCCACUGGCUGGCAGAGGACCGUGUGGACUUUAUGGAACGGAGUCCAAACAUAUCCUGGGUUUUUCACUUCAGAGUAUUAUCUCUCAUGGGACUGCUGGGUGUCCUGGACUUUCUGUUUGUCAACCAUGCCUGUCACAGCAUCAUUACCCGAGGUGCCUCCGUCCAGCUUGUCUUUGGAUUCGAGUAUGCCAUCCUGUUGACCAUGGUUCUGACAACGUUCAUCAAAUAUGUCUUGCACACCAUCGACCUGCAGAGUGAAAACCCUUGGGACAAUAAGGCAGUGUACAUGCUCUACACUGAGCUCUUCACAGGUUUCAUCAAAGUGCUGCUGUAUAUUGCCUUCAUGACCAUCAUGAUCAAGGUCCACACCUUCCCCCUGUUUGCCAUCCGCCCCAUGUAUCUGGCUAUGAGGCAGUUUAAGAAAGCUGUAACAGAUGCUAUAAUGUCUCGGAGAGCCAUUCGCAACAUGAAUACACUCUAUCCUGAUGCUACUCCUGAAGAUCUGCAGGCUUCAGAUAAUGUCUGCAUCAUCUGUCGGGAGGAAAUGGUCACAGGAGCCAAGAAACUGCCUUGUAAUCACAUUUUCCACUCCAGCUGUCUGCGCUCCUGGUUUCAGAGACAGCAGACUUGUCCUACCUGUCGCAUGGACGUCCUCCGAGCAUCUAAUAACAACCAGACUCCAGCUCCAGCACAGGCCCCGGCCCCUGCACCGGCAGCCCCUGCCAAUGCCCCUCCAGCCCCACCUGCUAAUGUGGCUCCCGGCAUGUUGCCAGCUUUUCCUCCUGGCAUCUUUCCCUUUUGGGGUCCCUUCCCUGCAGUGCCACCACCACCUCCUCCUCCUGCUGCUGCAGCUGCAACUCCUGGUGCUGCUGAAGCUUCACAGAGCAACACAGAGGCUGCACAGGCAGCAGGCACCAGCCAGACAACCUCAUCUACUACAGAGACUACAGCAGCAGCUGCAUCAGGAUCUGCAAUGCCAGGCUUCCCCUUCUCCUUCCCACCUCCUCCCUUCCCUACUGCACCGUGGCUGCCCAUGCCGCCUCCUCCUCCCUUUGUGUCGUCUAUGCCUCCGCCUCCUCCAUCUCUCUCUCGACUGUCUGAGGAGGAGCUGAGGGAGCUGGAGGCUGAAGGUCGGCGUGGGCUUGAAGCCAGACUCCAGUGUCUUCAAAACAUUCACACGCUGCUGGACGCCGCCAUGCUUAACAUCCACCACUACCUGAGCACUGUCGCCACACUCGCUCCUCCUCGUACUGAGGGCAGCGCUGGAGAAGCCAGUGGGACAAACCACACUGCACCCUCCCCUGCAGCUGGCACUAGCACAGAGGUCCCCAGCCAGGAGAAUGUCUCAUCCAGCUCUGAUCAAAUGAAUGGAACCACGGUUCCCCCUCAUUCUGCUGACUCCACUACUUUUGAGUCAGAAAGAAGAGAAAAGGACGAUGAAGAAGUGGUGGAGGACGAAGAUGGGGAGCCAAGCGCUGCUGAGCUGAGGCGUCGUCGCCUACGUAAGCUGGAAACUGCAACAUCGUCAUCACUACCCCCUCCAGACAACUGAUUGUGACUUAACUCCUUCUCUGGACUUGAAUAAACUGUUGAUAGAUGGUUGCUUUAGUUCAUCAUUGCCUCUCUCCUUCCGCAAGCUCAGGUUUGUAACUGUCUCAAGUUGGACUCAGGCUGCUGGAGGAUGCAGUGAUUCGCUUAUCUGGACUGUUUGUGUUAGAAAGCAAUAGCAUGUCUGUUUUUUUGUUUUUUUUGUCCACCACCCACCCCCUUUUUUUCUCCUGAUUGACACAUGCAGGUUUCUCAGUUCUAUCCCAGACUUGAAGGACUAUUUAAGUGUACCUGUUGGCGUCUCUGAUUUUAGGUUUAAUUCAGCUUUCUUCAGUACGAAGGUGUUUGAUUCACCAUGUGAACAUGUUACGCAGCACCCAGAUCAGUGCCAGAGGAAAGUAGAUCAACUGCGAUUUCUUCUUUUCCUCUCACAAAUCAUUCCUGCGUUUUCUUGUUUCUUCAACUGUUGCCACUGCACAACGCUGUAACAUAUUGAAUAAUUUCAACAUGUACAUACUGUAUAAAGAGUUUUAAUAGGAUGUUCUGUACAUAACGCAGAAUAAAGUGUUUGACUGAGACUACA